AAAUAGUCUGUGCCUCCUCUUAGCAGACCUCUUUCUAAACCUGUGGACGCCUCCACCGCUAGACACACACUGACCAUGGCCACUUUCGAUGACAUCUUAGAGGAGGCCGGCGCAUUUGGCCGGUGCCAAAUGCGAAUUUUUGUCAUUUUCAGUUUAGUCUCCAUACCGUUUUCUUUUGUCUAUGUGGGGAUUGUGUUCCAGGGCUUCACCCCGGAGCAUUGGUGCCGUGACCCGGGUGUCACUGAGAUCCGGGAGAGAUGCGGCUGGAGCCUUCAAGACGCACGCAGGGCCACUAUACCCCAGAUGAACGGCUCUGCAGGGGUGACGUACAGUCAGUGCAAGAGGUUCGACAUGGACUGGAACGCCACCGGUCUCGCCUGCGACAAUCCGGAGAGUGACUUUCUCCAGGCCCAGCUCUCUGCCACGACAGACUGCUCAGACGGCUGGGAGUACGACUACAAGGGAAGACAGUCGUUUGUCACUGAGUUUGAUCUAGUGUGUGCAGACGCCUGGUAUGCUGACAUGUUCCAGGCCACACUCGGUGUUGGUUUCUUAGUGGGCAGCAUUGCAAUUGGAUACAUGGCAGACAAAUAUGGCAGAAUGAAGAGUUUCCUGAUGACCAACUUCUUCAUCGCAAUUACAGGGAUUCUGGUGGCCACGUCUCCGAAUUACAUCGCCCUGCUGGUGUUCCGAGCUCUCUUUGGCUUCGGAGUGAAGGGCGGCUGGAUGGUUGGAUACGUGCUAAUCACAGAGCUGGUUGGGGUGGACUACAGGAGAACGGUGGGAGUAACCUAUCAGAUGUUCUUCAGCUUGGGCCUUCUCAUCCUUCCUCUCUUAGCUUACUUCAUACCAAACUGGCGCUGGCUGCAGGUGGUCUUUACGGUACCUUACAUCAUCUUCCUGACUUACUAUUGGUUUAUCCCAGAAUCACCAAGAUGGCUCCUCAGCCAAAACAAGAGAACCGAAGCACUGGAGAUCACAAAAAUGAUAGCCAAAGAGAACAAGAAAACACUGUCCAAGAAUAUUGAGACACUGUCAGGUGACGAUACAGAGCCUGUCUCAACUGCUUCUUUCAUGGAUCUGUUCAAGACGUCCAAAUUGAGAAGAUACACGUUCAUCCUUAGUUUCAACUGGUUCACCAGUGCUGUGGUUUACCAGGGUCUUAUAAUGAGGCUGGGAAUCCUCGGAGGAAACGUGUACGUGGACUUCCUCAUAUCUGCAGUCGUGGAAUUGCCAGCAGCUUUCCUCAUCCUUUUCACUAUUGAGCGGAUCGGACGCCGGCUUCCUUUUGCAACUGCGAAUAUCGUGGCAGGAGCGGCUUGCUUAAUCACAGCAUUCAUCCCGGAAGGUAUGUUCUGGUUAAAAAGCGCCGUUGCUUGUGUUGGACGGCUUGGCAUCACUAUGGCUUUUGAAAUGGUAGUGUUUGUGAAUACUGAACUGUAUCCCACUGUUAUCAGAAAUCUGGGUGUAUCGGUCUGUUCCACAAUGUGUGACGUUGGAGGGAUUAUAGCGCCCUUCCUGCUCUACAGGCUUUCUGUCUUCUGGAUAGAACUACCUCUUAUCAUUUUCGGUGCUCUUGCGUUUGUGGCUGGUGGACUGGUUCUUCUGUUACCUGAAACCAAAGGUGUGCCUCUUCCAGAAACCAUUGAUGACAUUGAAUGUCCAAAGAGAAACAAAGAAAACCAUCUGAAAGGUCAACAGCUAGAGAAUUUGCUGCCCUCUGAUCUGACAUCGAACAAAGAAGUUACAGCAGUCUGAACACUGCAACCUCCUUAACUUGACUGUGAUGCUGCUUAUCCCUUCUCCUUUGAGGAUUUAAUCUAAAUUAUAUAAACUGAAAACCAUUUUCUCGUUAAUCAACAAGUUUUGUCAUUCCAAAAGUUAACAAACUAUUAAAAUAUGAAUUUGAUUUAGUAAUCAAGCUGAGAAAGUUAUAAAAUAUGUUGCAAUCUAAUCAAAGGACCAAUGAUUUUACGCAGCUAUCUAAUUAUUGUUCCCAAACUAAUUAUUCAUCAUUGACUGUAGUUACUGUAUUUAUAAAUAGCUAUAGUUAUUGUUUUAAUUUUACAUUUCUUUAAAUGCAAGUUUUGACAAAGAUGUUUAUUUAAAAAAAAAAGGUUAAAUAACUCCCAAUAAAAAUAUCUGUGUAUAUAUUUUUUUUUCUUAAAUUAUUCAUGAUAAUAGUAAAUUGUACUUAUUUUUUAUGUCACUUACUAGGGUUUGGACAUUUUAGAGCAUUGUUACUGUAACAGCAAAACUGUUUGUAUUGUGGAGCACAAUUAAAGAGACUUUCUCCAA